GAAAACAAGAUUAUAAGAAAACCAGGCCUAUGUUAAGAGCUACAAGAUUAAAAGCAGAGGCCAAGAAAACUGCACUAGGCGUAAAGGAAGUUGCCCUUGUCCUUGCAGCUAUACUGGUAUUUUUGUUGGCUUUCUAUGCUUUCUUUUAUCUUAACAUUUCCAAUGAAGUUGACCUUGAUCUGGAUCCAGAUGAAAACUAGCAGAUGCAAUGAAUCUACCAUUAAGAUUUCUUCUACUUGAACAAGACUACGUAGGAACGCACAGUCCCUUCACUGUGAGACAGUAAAUGAUGCAAUUUCUUGCAGUCCAAAUUCAUAAGAAAGUUUUGCAAUAUGUCAAUCACUUUUACAUUCCAGAUCUCCAAAAUAACAGAAUGGUCAUGCCUGGCAAGUGUAUUUGGAACAGUACAAUACAUGGAGUUUAUUGUUUAUUGUUUACAUAUUUUUUUUUUUCUCAAGCAGAGAACUUCGAUGUCAAAAGACAGGUGCUAUUAUUAUCAUGGGUAUUGAUACUGACUUCACAGGAGGAGAGUCUGCCUUGACUAAAUUUAGGAAUCAAAGCUUCCUAACAGCCAAAUUAGGUUCAUUUUCCUUUCCCAAAAGAAGGCAGUAAUACCA